AUGGUGGCGGGAUCGAUGAAGCACCUCGUGGAGGUGGAGCCGGCGAAGGAGGCGGCGGGCGGGGCGCCAUCGGCGGGGCCGACGUACCGAUGCGCGGCCGGUGGCAACGGCGCGUCGCCGCCCGCCGUGCCGGGCCUCGACUGCUGCUGGGACAUAUUCCGCUUGUCCGUGGAGAAGUACCCCGACAACAAGAUGCUGGGCCGCCGCGAAAUUGUCGACGGGAAGGCUGGCAGCUACACAUGGCUGACUUACAAGCAGGUAUACGACACCGUGCUCAAGGUUGGGGCCGCCAUCCGGAGCUGUGGUGUCGGCAAGAGCGGCCGGUGCGGCAUCUAUGGAGCCAAUUCUCCUGAGUGGGUCAUCAGUAUGCAGUCCUGCAAUGCCCAUGGCAUUUACUGUGUUCCACUGUAUGACACGCUUGGUGCUGGGGCAGUAGAAUUUGUAUUGUGCCAUGCAGAGGUACAAAUUGCUUUUAUUGAGGAAAAGAAGAUUGGAGAGAUGCUCAAGACAUUUCCCAAUGCGACCAAAUAUUUGAAGACAAUUGUUAGCUUCGGUAAGGUUGAUCCCGGGCACAAGGAAAAAGUUGAACAGAAUGGCUUGUCCAUCUACUCAUGGGAAGAGUUUCUGCAACUGGGAGGUGAAGAGAAGUUUGAACUUCCACCCAAGGAAAAGGAUGACAUAUGCACAAUAAUGUACACCAGUGGGACAACUGGUGAUCCCAAGGGAGUGCUAAUCUCGAACAAGAGCAUUGUUACUAUUGUUUCAGCAGUAGAUGAGUUCCUUAACAAUUCAAACGAGCAGCUUAACGGGGAUGAUGUUUACAUUUCCUAUCUUCCGCUUGCUCAUAUCUUUGACCGGGUGAUUGAGGAGGUAUUCAUUCGCCAUGGUGCUUCAAUCGGAUUUUGGCGUGGGGAUGUGAAACACUUGGUUGAAGACAUUGGAGAACUCAAACCAACAGUAUUUUGUGCUGUUCCACGUGUUCUGGACAGAAUUUAUGGAGGAUUGCAAGAUAAAAUUACAGCUGGUGGUUUCCUGAAGAAAACCUUGUUCAAUGUUGCUUACAAAUACAAACAAGGCAAUAUGUUGAAGGGAAGCAAGCAUGAAGAGGCUGCUGCAGUCUUUGAUAAACUGGUCUUCACCAAGGUGAAACGGGGACUAGGUGGAAGGGUUCGAUUGAUUCUAUCUGGCGCAGCUCCCCUAUCUAGACAUGUUGAGGAGUAUCUGCGUGUGGUGACAUGCUCCCAUGUCCUUCAAGGAUACGGACUCACGGAAACCUGUGCUGGGUCCUUCGUUUCCCUGCCGAACAACAUGUCCAUGCUGGGAACUGUUGGCCCUCCAGUCCCAUACGUCGAAGUACGCCUGGAGUCUGUCCCUGAGAUGGGUUAUGAUGCACUGUCGAGCGAAACGCCUCGUGGUGAAAUUUGCAUCCGAGGGGACACCUUGUUCUCAGGGUACUACAAGCGAGAGGACCUAACAAACGAAGUUUUGGUCGAUGGCUGGUUCCACACAGGAGACAUUGGGGAGUGGCAGUCCGACGGAAGCAUGAAGAUCAUUGACCGCAAGAAGAACAUUUUCAAGCUCUCACAAGGAGAGUACGUUGCAGUCGAGAAUCUGGAGAACAUCUUUGGUCAAACUCCUGGUGUUGAUUCGAUUUGGGUCUACGGCAACAGCUUCGAGUCAAGCCUUGUUGCAGUUGUGAACCCCAACAAGCAAGCACUGGAGCGUUGGGCAGAGUCGAACGGGGUAACUGGAGACUUUGCCACGAUAUGCGAAGACCCUAAAGCGAAAGAGUUCGUCUUGGGAGAACUUACAAAGAUGGGGAAAGAAAAGAAGCUCAAAGGCUUCGAGCUCAUCAGGGCUGUUCAUCUGGACCCUGCACCGUUCGACAUGGAGCGCGACCUUAUCACCCCGACGUACAAGAAGAAGCGGCCGCAGCUGCUGAAACACUAUCAGAGCAUCAUUGACGGUAUGUACAAAAGCAUGAAGUAG